ACGCGAAUCGCUUCCACCAUUGCUCCACCGGAAAUAAACCAUCGCACGGCACCGUUGCGAGCGGGAGUUCCUGACGAGACAAUCCAUCUCUCUCUCUCUUCUGUUUUCUCUAUCCUGCAUCGGGUGUGACGCUUAACAAACCUACGCACGAUGGGAAGUGGCAAACGAAGGCUGGCCAAGAACAAUCGCGCCAAAUCCAAUAGAUCUCUCUUCAUCGGCGGUGGCCUCCUAUCAGAUUUCCAAAUCAACGGCUCUGAUCGUCCUUCCUCGAAGCCAGGAAAAUCCGCCAAAGAGAGGUCGAAAUCCACACCGUUGAAUAUCGGCAGAUCGAACGGUCCCCCAUCCACCGACCGCCCCCGGAAACCUUCCUCCAAUCCCUUUGGCUAUGCGUAUCCGACCGUCAAUCCUCAGGAGGUUUCGCAUUUGAAGUCACAUGUUCUAUCUGAUUCAAGUCCGAUUGUUUUAGUCGACUCAAAUGAGACCAAAAUUGUCGGGUAUGUGGACCGAAUGCCGUGUUUGGAUCCUGUUGGCGGUGAGACUUUCACCUACGAUUACGGUUCGUGUUCAGUCUUGGGUGACAGCUCCCACAUAGGGUUGGGAUUUUGUGACGAGGAUGCGAAGGCGGAUGAUGGAGAAGGAGAAGGGCUAGGAGUUGUCUCACCUUCUGUCGAGAGCGAGAUGUGUGUUGGAAAGUGUGACCACGGCAAGGUAAAGUCAACGGCAAAGGGCUCACCCCCCAAGAAGAAUGGUGGGUUCUUGUCGAUUGGAGGUGUGAGGUUGUAUACAGAAGAUAUUGAGCUCUCGGAAGAUGAAAACGAUGAAACUGAUGGGGAUUUGGUUGAUAGUGGAAGUUCAGAGUCUGAUGAGAUGUCUUGCAGCGUGUCUGCUGAGUCAUCAGAUAGUGAGGGAUCAGAGGAUGAUGAUGAAUCUGAUAGUGGUUUGGAUGUUGACGAUGAUGUGGCGGAAGACUACUUGGAUGGGAUUGGUGGUGGGUCGGAACUUUUGAAUGCUGAAUGGUUGGUGGGGCGGGUUUUGGAUGAAGAGGACAGUUCUUCAAGUUCAAACAGAAGUAGUGAUGAAAGUCCUGAAAAGUUGGGCAGAACUGCUCUACAGAUUGCGUCAAAGGAGUAUGGUAUGAAAAAGCCCAAGUCAAGGAAGAAACAUCUUGCAAACUCGCGCAAGGGUGUGUCAAUUAUGGAUGUUGGGUCCCUUGCUUUGGAUGAUCUUCCGUUUGUGAAGGAUUCGAGGACGGCUUCGGGAAAAAAGAAAUAUGUUCCUCGACUACCUCAGUCAUGGCCCGGUGAGAAAAUGAAGAAUUUCAAGAAUAUUCAAGGUGAGAAAAAGAAACAUCGUAAAGAACUGAUUGCUGUAAAGCGUAGGGAGCGGAUGAUCCGUCGUGGUGUGGAUCUUGAGCAGAUAAAUGCAAAGUUGAGGCAAAUGGUCUUGAACAAGGUUGACAUGUUAUCUUUCCACCCUGUGCACUCCCGCGAUUGUUCCCAGGUACAACGAUUGGCGUCAAUUUAUCGUCUGAGAAGUGGUUGCCAAGGUUCUGGCAAAAAGAGAUAUGUAACUGUGACACGAACUGGACAUACAUGCAUGCCCUCUUCCAAUGAUAAACUCUGUUUGGAGAAGCUGUUAGGAGCAGGUGAUGAGUACACAGAUUUUGUGGUAAGUCAAGGUGUGAACACAAAAACUCCUGCAAGAGAGAAACACAGAAAUAAAAUGGCCACAAGAUCGUGUGGAUCGAGUCCAUCAUCUCAUCCAAGGUCAGAAUUACACCAGUCCGCACCAACCCGGCUAAUGAAAAAUUCAUCCAACCAUCUUGGCAGAAGCACAGGCGGCGGGAAGAAACAGGGUGGGAGCUGGGCCACCACGUAUGCUGAUCAGCCGGUGUCAUUUGUUUCGAGUGGCAUAAUGCAAGUCGAUCCAUUGGAAGAAAAAGUGGCGGUUGAUUUGAGUGAGAAUGACGUCAAUCGUGAAAUGAAGACUGUUGUGAGCUCCACCGGCUUGGGUGCAUACGAGAUGCAUACAAAAGGCUUUGGAUCAAAGAUGUUGGCUAAGAUGGGAUUUAUGGAAGGAGGUGGGUUGGGAAAAGAUGGUCAAGGAAUGGUUGAGCCCAUAGAAGCCAUAAAACGGCCUAAAUCGCUGGGAUUGGGUGUCGAGUUUGGUGAGGCUGGUGACAAUGAGGGCAACAGAGCGAGGACACGGCCUGAGACAGUAUUCCAGAAGCAUACCAAGCGAGCUGGAUCAAAGAUGGCAAAAGCAGGUUUUUCUGAGGGUGCUAUGGCUGGAAUCAACAGAAGAGGGGAAUCUGAAAGGAUUGGGGCAUUUGAGAGGCAUACCAAAGGAUUUGGAUCAAGGAUGAUGACAAAAAUGGGUUUCGUUGAAGGCUCCGGUCUGGGCAAAGAUGCUCAGGGCAUUAUCAAACCAUUGACUGCAGUCAAGCUGCCGAAAUCUCGUGGAUUGGGUGCCAAAGGUUAGAUUGCCUAAUUAUCCUUCACUUUAUUUUGCUUAUUGUGUUUAACUAAUACUGUAGUUAAUUGUGUUUAAAUCAAAAUUUAUCAACUUACAACAUUUCUCCAUUUCAUGAAGUUGUCUGCUUAUGUAGCUGUGAAAGUAGUCUGGCUGUUUAUCUUGGA